UUGUGGUGAGGAAAGACGCCCUGCGGGCCAUGGGUUUCAGUGGCCUUCCUGUGGGAUUCUAUCGACUGAGUUGUAUUUUUCUAUUCUUCACAGACCUGCUGCUGGCAGCGCAGGUGUAACUACCAGGUUAGGACUUCCUGAGGAAGCUGUGAACUCAGAGGAACAGGAUUCACUCUGAAGACUCAGAUCCCAUUGACAGGAACCACUGACACAACCUACUGACACCAGGAUCCACUGACACCAGGAUAUAUUGACCACCAGUACCCACUGACACCAGGAUCCACUGACACCAGUAGCCACUGACACCAGAUCUCACUGAUCGUACCCAUGGCCAUGUACCAGCUGGCAGCUGACUCCAAGCAGCAGGACAACAUCUUCUCCAGCGGGGUCAUGGAGGAGUCUGAGGUCUGCUCUGUGCCUGGGGGGCUCGCCAGCAUCAGGGCACAAUUCGAGACCCAGGAAACUGCAACAUCGCACAACGUCACCCAGUUCCUCUUCCACCACAGAGCUGUGCAGGAAGUGGAAUUGAACUCUGAGUUGACAAUGAGGAGCAGUUCCAGGGAAGUCAUCCCAGCCUCUCAGCAGGCUAUUUUCCACCAGGAUGAACAGGUCACACAUGAAGAAAACUUGGCCUCCAGUUAUGAAGCAGAGGAGGAAGGUCCUAGACUUACAACCAAGGAAUUGAGAGAUCAUUUUGAAAGAACCAUUGAGGAAGCUGCCCCAAGCAAGCCAAUGAAGAUUGGCCGAGCUGACAUCAAUAGGUCUCAGUGGGCCUCAAAUGUAUCACAAAAACAAGUCUCAACAAGUGAGAUACACAAUUUAUCGUCAAGUAAUAUACAGAAUUUCUCAUCAAGUGAGAUACAUAAUGUGUCAUCAAGUGAGAUAUGGGAAGAUUCUGCUACUGAAGCAAUAGAGGACACAUCUGCUGUUGACUACGAGAACACAGAAUAUUUCCCUCCGCCACCUCCAGAAGACUUAGAGUACCUCCCACCUCCACCCCCAGACUUACUGCAGGUUCCAUCAGAAAGUCCAGAUAUGCCAGUUGAGUGCUACUACUCACCUGAGCCUCCGGAAUCAGCAUACCCCUCUAAAUGUCCACUCAGUAGACAGGAAUACUUCAGACAGAGAAACCAGUAUGAGUUGAAGCGCCUUUACAAGCAUAUCCAUCCUGAGGUUCGUAAAAACCUAGAGAUGUAUAGUGAUGCGGCUGAGUAUGAGAACACCCGACAGGGGAGUCAGGAGGAGUUCACAGGGGAGACCAGGUAUAUAUACGAGGAUAACGGUAGCAGCCCCAACGACUGCAUUAGCCCAGAAGAAGAAUACCUGGAAUGGGACGAGAUCCUCAGAGGGGAGGUCCAAUCAAUGCGCUGGAUGUUUGAGAACAAACCUCUGGAUGCCAUCAAAGACGAUGCCUCAAAUGAGGGUGACGCCCAAAACAUGGAACAGGAGAUGAUUGUUGGGAUUGAUGUAAAAAGCAAAGCGUGGAUGUUUGAGACCAAGCCCAUGGACGCAUUGGGAUCAGACAACAUAGCCUCAACUAAAUAUAGAAACAGAUUCAAUAAGUUGGACAAAGGAGAUGUCCGUGCUGCAGCCUGGCUGUUUGAAAACCAGCCUAUGGAGACCCUGAACAAACUGCAUGGCGAUGAAGAGCUAACCAAAGAGAUAGUAUUUACCCAGGAAGACGGCAGCUCUACCAUAUACAUGCUUGAAUCUCAGUACAUGGACACUUUAGGUCAUACUGAGACCAUUGAUGACAGUCACCUCCUGAGUCUGAGAUCAGUGCUUGAGGAUAUAAAGGGAGAAGUGAAGACGAUCACAAGCACAUUUGAGACUCAGUUUACAUGCGUCCUCAUGGGACAGUCAGGCCAGAUGUUGGAGAUAACAUCUAUACGCAAAGUGGAGACUGUGAAGGGGGAAACUAGAACAUCAACCUGGCUUUUUGAUACUCAAGCCCUGGACAUGACUAAUAGACUCCCUGCCCCAGUGAAACUUGUGUGUAGCCUGUCCAUGGAAGACAACUACAAAGGAGAUGUUUACAGGGGUAGAUGGUUGUUUGAGACAAAGACCUUAGACUCCAUUAACACAGAUGAAUGGGAAAGCUCAUCGCUGCAAAAGGAAGAGAUAAUCGGAGCUGAUGUCCGAAAACAUUGCUUAGCGUUUGAAACUCAGCCAAUGAAUUCUCUGAAAGAUGAUUCAAAUGCUAGACCCCCGACUAUCGAAGAAGUUAUUGGCGGUAAUGUUAGAUCUGCAAGACACUUCUUUGAGACUAGUCCCAAGGCAGCUUUGAAGGAUAUCAAUGAGGUAGGGAGGCUCAAAAAGGUAGUGGCAGCUGAAGAAGAGAAGGGUGAUGUAAGGCACCAAAAAUGGAUGUUUGAGAAUGAACGACUAGAGAACAUAAGAGAUGAGAAGAAGGAGAUUAUUCGUACUGUGAACUUUGAAAAUCUGACUGAAGAGGAAGGUACAAGCUACAAUGCAGAUGUCCGUAAGAAUUGCAUGGUAUUUGAGACUCAGCCAAUGGACACUUUGAAAGACGAUUCAAAUGUUAGAGCCUUUUCAAAGACGGAAAUUGUCAGAGGCAAUGUCAGAUCAGCUAAACAUUACUUUGAAACUGCUCCAGCUGACAAUUUAAAAGACCUUGCUGAGGUUGGGAAACUACAAAAAAUGGUGAGACUUGAUGAAGAGAAGGGGGAUGUGAGACACCAGAAGUGGGUUUUCGAAAGUCAACCCCUGGAGCACAUUCAAGAGGAAAAGAAGGAAGUCGUUCGAACCAUUAACCUGGAGGAAAUAGAUAAAGUGGAUGUCUCAAACUACAAGCAAAUAUUUGAAACCACAGACUUAACCAGAUGGGAUGAAUCUCAAAAGAUACUCGUGGAGGGUGUAACAUGUGGCUCUGUGAAAUCUAACAAACAUCUGUUUGAGUCUACACCAAUGUACGCCAUGCAAGACAGCUCUGGACAUUACCAUGAAGUGAAAACAGUGCAUCGGGAAGAGGUUGUCAAGGGAGACGUCACAAGCUGCAAAUGGAUGUUUGAAACACGCCCCAUUGACCAGUUUGAUGAAAGUAUCACCAAUUACCAAAUUAUUAAAGGAAUAUCCAAAGAAGUAGAGUCUGGUGAUGUUAAAACUGCCAAGUGGCUGUUUGAAACACAGCCUCUUGAUGCAAUUAAAUACUUCAGCAAUAUUGAAGAUGAGGAAACUACAACUAAGGAAAGUGUUGAGAUUUUAAAAGGUGAUGUUAAAACUGGUAAGUGGUUAUUCGAGACUAAACUAAUGAAUGUCCCAUACGAGAAGGAUGAGUUGACGAGUGAAAAUGAGAGUGAGGAGGUACACAAAGGAGAUGUAAAAACCUGCACAUGGUUGUUUGAGACAAAGGCACUUGACACUAUCCGAGAUGAAACGGAAACUGUUCUACAAACAUGCACAGUAAAUCAAGAAGAUGUCCAGGGCAAAAAUGUACGAAUGGCUCGUUUUCUAUUUGAGACAGAAAAACUUGAGAAUAUCACAGGGGAGGACGAAAGCUUUAAGAGGGUUACUGAUAUAGACAUUCAGUCAGGAGAUGUGAAUAGAAUAAAGUAUAUCUUUGAGAACCAGUCCUCUGAUAUCAUGACCUCAACAUCUGAGGAGGUUAUGCAAAUGCUCAAAACUACACAAUCAGAGGACAUCCAGAAAGGAAAUGUGGUGAACUGCAAAUGGCUCUUUGAGAACCAGUCGAUAGAUGCCAUACAUGAUACCCAAGAAGAGGCUUUGGAGACCCGCACUGUGAUGGAUGUACAAGGAGGUAAUGUGGACAAAGGCCGUUUCAUUUUUGAGACCUACUCCUUGGACAAAAUCCAGGAGGUGUCCUCGGAGACAGAGACCGAUAUCACAAAGUUGCAGAAAAUCACCCGUGAAGAGGAAGAGAAAGGGGAUGUGAGGAACUACACCAUGAUGUUUGAAACUCAGCCUCUUUAUGCCAUUCAAGACAAACAGGGUCAUUAUCAUGAGGUCACCACUGUCACAAGCGAGGAGAUAUUGAAGGGUGAUGUGAUCGGGUCCCGGUGGUUGUUUGAAACCAAGCCUCUUGAUUCUAUCAGGGAUACAGAUGAGGUCUAUAUCAUCAAAUCUGUCACACAGGAGGAUGUUCAGAAAGGAGAUGUUACUUCAGCCAAGUGGAGAUUUGAAACACAACCUCUUGAUACGAUUGCAGAGGACAUAAAAAUGUCAGUUAAAACCGUUGAAGAUAUUCAAGGAGGAGACGUUAGAAUGAAUAAACAGCGUUUUGAAUCUGAUGAGCUGUCACAGAAGUCUGUGCGAACCGUUAAUGUGAGUGAAAUCCAAAAAGGUGAUGUCAGGACAGCAAAAUGGAUGUUUGAAACUCAAACAAUGGAUAAAAUACGUAGCCAGAGCGAAGAGAAUUUAAUAGAAACCGUCAUGAAAGAGGAGGUCCUAAAGGGAGAUGUUAGACAAUCAGUGUGGCUCUUUGAACAGAAUCCCCUUGACCAUAUAAAGGAGGUAGAUGAGGAUAAUACAGUAGUUGUUCAAGAGGAGAUCCCCAAAGCAGAUGUAAAGACAACAACAUGGCUGUUUGAAACAACUCCGUUCCAUGACUUUAAUGAGAACAGUGUUGAGAAGUCAGAAAUCCUGGGUAAAAGUAUCAAAGGAACCCUUGAGGAACUUUAUAGCCAGAAAAUGGUUAAUUCAAAAGGAAUACUCAUUGAAGCAGAUGAAAUUGGGGACGUUAGAAUGGCAAAAUACCAGCUAAUGAAUACGGAUUCUCCAGAGAUCCAAAGAGAGGAAAUCAUCAGCGGUGAUCUGAACAACAUUAUGAUGAAUCUUUUGAACCGUCGGGAAACAAUUGAGAGGGGAGUAGUGGUAGAGUCAGAGGAGAAGGGUAAUAUCAGUACAACAGUGCAUCAAUUGUUCAACCAAGAGAGGGGCAUCAGUGUGGAAAAGGAGGAAAUAUUAAGAGGUGACAUCCAGGAAGCUGUAAACAAUCUUCUCAAGGAGGGAGGAUCUGCUAAACGUGGUAUACUCCUUCAAGAGGAUGAGAAGGGAGAUGUGCAAAUGACUAUUUAUUCUCUUCUAAAUAAACAAGAGGACAUCAGUGUUGAAAAAGAGGAUAUAAUCAAAGGCAAUAUAAGGAAUGCUCUCCAACGACUAUCCAACCCAGAAAACCAAGAGCAGAUGAGGAUAAAGGUGGAUGAGACAGAAAAGGGAAACGUAAACUUUUACUCCACAUGCAUUGAAUCUGGGGCGCUUGACUAUCUCAAACAACUCCAGGUAGAGCCAGAUGAGAAACCACCUGAAAAGAUAGAGAAAGAGAAGAUUAUUAGAGGAGAUAUAAAGGGGACAAAACUCAUUCUUGGCAGUAAUCGAGCACAAAUUGAGCGUACAGUAGUUGAAGAGGACAUAGUGUGUGGAGAUGUUCGCAACUCAGUCAAGGUUUUCAUGAGCGAACCCACACUCUCACUGGAUGGCCUACAAAAAGAGGAAAUUGUGAGGGGUGAUUUGAAAGCAGCUAUGAACUCACUGUCUCAGUCUGUAAAUCAGACAGUGGUUGUAGAGAAAGAGGAGGUGGUGAGAGGUAACAUACACGAAACCAGAAGACACCUUGAGUGUGCCCAUAGACUGCCCAAAGAGGUGGAAAAGACAGAGAUUGUCCACGGCAACAUCAAAGGGGCACUGAAGUCCCUAGAGAAAUCUGCAACCUCCAAAGUUGAAGUUGUCAUCGAAGAUGUAGUUCCUGGAGACAUCAAAGGUACCUUAAAAUCCCUGGAGCAGGCAAAGCAAACAGUCAGGGCGAUCGAGAAGGAAGAGAUUGUAAAGGGUAACAUUCAUACAGCAAAGCAGUGUUUACGAGAUGCUUCUAAUGACAGAAGGACAUGUCAACAGGAAAUAGAUGUUCAGGGAAAUGUGAGAGGCACUAUUGAGCUCUUAUUGGAACCACCAGCUUCUCCAAGAAUGACACGGAGGCCCAGCUUCGAGGGUGAUGUGAAAAUGUCCAUUAAGUCACUCUACGAGACACAUGAGGUGCAUGAGACAGGGGAGGAACAAACUCAACCAGAGAAAGAGGAGGUGAUAAAGGGUGAUGUUAAAGGCACAAUCAAAUCCUUGCUGGAAUCAGCUCAGCGUGCAGCUCCUAAAAUCAGAGUGGGAGCUAGAAGGGUCAAAGUCCCUGUGAGAUCUCCAUUGCGCUCACAGCAUGGAAGCCCUCUAUCACGUUCACAGCAAGGUAGCCCUGAAUGUUCUGUUACAACCAAAACUGAGAGUGAGACAUUUAAAAAUAAGUCUCAAAGCACUGAAGCACAGAGAAACAUACAAAAAAUAAAGACAGCUAAUACGGCCAAAACUGAGAGCUCAACACAAGAGAAUCAAUCCCUCUCAACUCAAACCGCAACCAAUGCAUGUGAAUCACAGACUACUCAACAAUCAAAGACAGUAAUGCAACACACGACCAUCACUCAAAACCAUGGCAUUAAGACUUUGGAGACUAAGUUCCGUAACCUCAAUUCAAGUCGAAAGGGUAUGAUCAGACUAGAUAAAACCAAAGUGAAAACAAAUGUUCAUUCCCCAACACGGACAUUGUCUGAGUCUGAACUUUCUCUCCCUCCCCCACCUCCACCAUGUGACGAUCAAUCAUCCCUAACCCCAGCAUCCUCUAUCAAUAGGCUAGACUUGGACCUUCCUCCUCCCCCAACUCCUCCUCCCCCACCACCUGUUGACUCUGAGCCUGAUCAUUUCCCUCCGCCACCACAGGAUUUCCUUCCACCCCCUCCCUCACAGCAUGAACUGGACUCUAUGCCAUACCAGACACCUAAUCCAUCACCAGCAAAAGCCACAACAAUGACGGUCAAAAAGGUGAAAGGUCCUGCAUUGCAUCAAGUCUCGAAGCUUGAGCCAACCAGUCAGAUUCAGAAAAUUCAACAGGCAACCUCUGAGAAACAUACAACCACAGCCAACAAAUCUGUGUUGGAAAUCAGCAAAACUCAAAAUGAAUUAACUGUUUUGUCUGAAAUCCCAAAACCCCCCGAAUCACCACGACCACUAAAAAAAGUUUACGUCGCCCCUAUAAGAUUUACUCCUCCACCUUCUCCUCCUCCCUUCAUGAGAUCUGCUAAAUUCAAAACUCCAUUAAUACAGGCAGAGGAAAAGUACAGAAAACAGAAAGUGGAUAGUACACCACCUGCUACACCGAGUCCCAUUUUCAUGCAUGAGUCAGUCACUGCUGCCCUUGAAAUGCUUUCCUCUGAGGAGGCAGGUAUGAAGCAAUCAAAAAAGAGCAUGGCAUUUGGUUUCACUCAAGAGGUGGCUGAAAAGACUGUGACUAAUGUUAAGUCAGACACACUAUCAUCUGAUUUAUCCAAGCAGGCGCAAAUCUCAGAUACUCCUUCAAGCAUGACAUUGAUCUCUGCUGUAUAUGGGAAAAAUCGCCCUGAAUCUGCUGUUAUUUCUGCAACUAAACAGCAUAUUGUCUCUGAUCAGACAUCCAAAGUCGUUUCAGUUCAGCACCAGACCACAUCUAUUUCCUCCACAAAGCAACAGACAGUUACUGCAACUAAACAACAGGUAACUUCAGCAUCCGCCAAACACUCACACUCUGCUGUAAGCAGCUCUCAAGCUCAGAUCUCAUCCAGUGAUGCUAAAAAGGUUGAAAAUACAAAAGCAGAUGUUCAAAAUGUCAAAGUUUACUCUCAAGAUACAAAAACACACGUCCAGAAGGAUGUAAAAAAUAAAGGUUCCCAUAAAUCUGAGGAGAAAAAGAACAAGGAUAAUUCUGCAUCCCAAGUUCCCGAGAAGGUUUCUGACCAGCCUACCGAAACAGUAAAGGGAACCCAAGAAACAAAUGUCAAAGCAGCGAAAUCACCCUCAGAAGACAAAAAUAAAAAUGACAAUUCUGUAUCACAAGCACCCGAGAAGGUUGCUAAUCAACCUAUCAAAGUAGAAAAGUUAACCCUAGAAACUAACGUCAAAUCAGGCAAAAAGAAGAAGGCCAAAGGGACAGAAAAGCAAGUAGAAUUAAAAGAAACAAAACAGCCAGAUGAAACUAAGACGGGAAACAUUUCACAGGUGAAGGAUGUGAAGGUGGAAGUAAAGGAAGUCACAAAGUUGAACGUUUCUAGUGAGCAAACACAUGCCCAGACUGACGUCAAGGUCAAGGAGGACAGUCAGAAAGCUCCUGCUAUUAAAGACAACCAACCAGCAACUCCAACUUCUGCAAGAAAGAAGAAGAAGAGGAAGUCAAAAGCUAAAGAUGCAGCUGCCACCAUAGAAUCAACUAAAUCUCUUUCUGAAAGUUCCACUCAAAGUCAGGAGAUACAAACAGCCCAUCAAGAGGAGCAGAUCCAGGUACAUAAGGAAGUUAUUAUCCCUGAAAGCAAAGUUGAAAGAAAAGUUAAUCAAAGUGUCCAGCAACAGGGAACAGUUAAAGUAGAAAAGCGGGUCGAGCCAUCUCAAAGGAAGAAAGAGUUGACAGGAAGCCAACAGAUUCAAGAGAAACCAACGGAAGAGUACAGAAAUGUUCCAGUCAAAGUGGAAAGUGGAAAAAUGACAAACAUGUCAGCACAAAAGGAACCUGCGAAGCCCUCAGCAGAGAGCACUGAGGAUUCUCAAAGACGAGAACAUGUCCAGAAGUUAAUCUCACAUAUAACAGAGUUAGAGGGAGCUUCAGGAAAAAUAGAUUCGAAAUCUGUGAAGACACUGCUCAAUACUAUUCCAGAGUGGCUCAUUGGUCCAGAGGAAAAUCUUUAUUUGGAGGGAACUGCAGUUGAGCAUAAUAUACAAAAGCUUACAGAAAUGGUUUCAUAUGUGAAAAAACGAGCAAAGGCAAAGUUGAUGUGUUUAGAGGGGAUCCACACUAAUCUGGAGAAGCGUGAGUGUGAACCUACUUCUGAAAAGAUCAUUGUUGGUUGUGCAACUCAAAGAAUACAUAAAAUAAGUAUUGGCUCUUUGAAAGUUGAAAGUCAAAAGAAAGUUGUGGAAAGCAAAGCAACAUCACAUGAAAGCAAAAUGCAAGAGUUGAGUGUAAAAUCUAUGCGCUCACCCUCACCCUUACUAAGGAUGCGCUCACCCUCACCCUUACUAAGGAUGCGCUCACCCUCACCAACCUUUAUUACCAUUGAAUCUACCCGGAGAACUGACUCUCCUCAGAGAAUAACCCCAUCACCUAUCCUAACACACAGACCAGCCACUCCCCCAACACCUCCCCCCCGCAAAUCGGAAACUCCUACAACACGCAUCAAUAGGGCCACACCCUCUCCAACCUUCUCUAGGGCAGAGAACUUGGCACGGCUAAAAGAUACUACAGCCAAGCUUUCCCGUGGGGUGACACCGCCUCCAGUUUCACUUCCUAUGCAAGUCACAGAAAAGAAAUCUGAGAUUGUGGAAUCCCCUGCAUCAUUCCAUCGGCAGAUCAAAAUUGAGGCACAAGCUGAGGGAAAUUCAGAAGUGUCAGACACAACAAUUGUCACUCAAGAGGCUCAAAAGGCUGGUGUAAAGGUCACAGAUAAAGAGUCAUUCCAUCAAACGGAUAAAGAAGUCAUGGAAGCUUCUGAAAUGUCAGACUUGUCAAUGGUGACUAUGUCAGUGAGAAACAAGAGGGAGUUUUUUGAAGAUGCUCAAAAAGCUGAGGUAAAUAAGACCAAUGUGCGAAAAGAUCCCAUCGACAGCCCAGAGCACUUGGGCCCAGACAGGGAGGAGCCCAAAACAACAAAGCAAGAGAGUAAGGAUGACACACAAAGCACAUCUGAGAAGGUCACAGAGAACAAUGCUGAAAUAGUGGGAUCUGCAAAGUCAACUGAUAAAGAAUUGACGGAAGCUUCAAAAAUGUCAAACUCAUUAGCAGCAACGACAUCAGUGAGAGACAAGAGAGAGUUUUUUGAAGAGGCUCAUAAAGCUAAAGUAAAUAAGAUGUAUGUUCGAAGGGACCCCAUUGAUAUCCCAGAGCGAUUGGGUCCAGACAUGGAGGAGCUCAAACCAGAAAACCAAGAGAACGAGAAGGAGGACCUUCCAAAGGUGGACUUGUCAGGAUUAGUCAACAAAUUUGAAACACCGGAAGAUACAGUUUACAUCAGAAAGCCAAUGAGAGAAAGACGUGGAAGUGAGAUGGAAUAUACUGAGACUGGCGUAGAAAAUACAGUUACUCAAGAAGAAGAGAUGCCAACUUUUGACAUCAAGGCUAUUAAAAAUGUUUUUGAAAUGGUUGAGCAAAGUCCCUCCUUCAAAGGGGAGAAAAAUAAACAGGAGGAGCUGGAGUCAAACCUGAGUGAAAACACAAGAGAUAGUUCAAAGCAGGAUAACACCCAGGAGACACAGAGGGGCUUCGGGCAGAUCUCGCCCCUGCCUUCCCAGAAAGAAGUGCAAAUCCUGUCAGCAGACCCAACAGGCUUCUCUGAAAAGUCAGUCACAGAGCAUUUCUCAAGCUUAGAUGAAUUCGGCAACAAGACAAUUGGAUCACUGAGCAGCACAACUGUUUCCCAGCACUCAGAGAGCAUAAUAACCCACAAUGCCCCCUUCUCAUAUGCUGACGUGGUAAAAAAAAAAAAAAAGGGGUCUGAGGUGACGUCGUCUGAAUCCCCGGAAGAGGCUUCCACUGAAGAGUUGCUGAGGAAUUUCCACAAAACAUGGACGGAGAGUGAGAGUGUUUUCAAGAGUCUCGGUUACAGUGUUUCGGAGGAGAGAACAUCACAUGUUGUGUCACAUCAAACAAAGACCGUUGUUACUGACUCGAAUUCCCAAGUCGGAGCUUUGCACUCAGAGGAGGGUCUAUCCGAUGGAGGCUCUAAUAACGGACAGAAAAAAAUUCCAUAAAUCCUGUUUCUGCUGCGAGCACUGCCAAAAUAAAUUAAGCCUUGGCAACUAUGUCUCUCUCCAUGGACAUCUGUGCUGUUUACCACACUACAAACAACUCUUCAUGUCCAAAAGGGAACUACGAUAAUGGAUAUGGACAGACACUUACCACUGAAAAGAAUGUCAAUGAAAGUGGCAGACUCAUCACCUCAGAGCAACUUGAUUGGAGGACUUCACAGAGCAGCAUAGGCUCAACUGAAAAGGACACCUUUGAAAAAUAAUUUAUGAAAUCAAAUGACGAGAACAAACAAAAUAGUAAUAAGAUACCUGUUGUGUGGCCUCCACAAGCCCACUCCCCACAGAAAGCCUUUAAAGUAGAUGAGGACUAACUAAGCCACCAUGGCCUCCGCAGGACAAUUCCCCGAAGUCACCCAAACAACAACAUAGGAAAGCCAUUUCCAGGAGCUCUCUUUGAAAGAGAGCAUUUCCACCACUACAGGUAAAAAAAGGCAUGUAUGCCAGAGAAAACUGAAGAAACUUCAAGCAGUCGAUGGUAAGACCUACGAGGGCAGAGAGACAGUUGGAAUUGGGAAAAGUCUGAGACUGAAGGACAAAAGUACAAGUGCAAUAGACACGAAAGGAGAUGUGAAUGGUAGAAAUUGUGUAAAUAUUUAUAUUGUGUGAGAGUGGAAGAAGAUGGUUCAGAAAGUGCUUAGGGUUAGAGGCAAAGACGACUAGAAUGACAGAGAGAAACAUGGAAUGUUAUGCUUAGAAAUGGCGCAGGAGGCCUACCUCAUUGGUCUUUCAAGUUUGAUAAUUGAAGACAUUAGCUCUGUAUUUCACAUGGAAUUGACCCACAUUAGUCACGUUUAAUUGAUAUAUAAAAUAUAUUUUUGAUAUGUUCAACGGGGCUCACACAAAAUAUUUUCCUAAUAUCUUCGGGGUAAAAUAUUUUGAUUUGUUAAAUUUAACUUGUUCAGUCCUCUAUCAAUUAGUUUAAGUCCAUGGAUCAUUUUGUCUUGGCUUUUUCUUUCAACAUAUCAACAUUUUUAAAUUUACCUUUUUCUAGCACCUGGUGUGCAGCCUAGUAAAACUUAUCUUGGAAAUACUUUCUUUAUAAUAUAUAUAUAUACAAUAUAUAUCCUCUUAAUUGGUAUUAAUCAUGUUUGUUUUGGACAUUUCUAUCAUAUUUUUUUAUUUUUAGAUUAGACUACCUUGCUUUGUACAAGAGAAUUGUACAAGAGACUGGUUACUCAACAAUUCAUUCAAAUGUAUUGCUGAUCCAGGGGCAACAAAAUCAUUGAAUUAGUCAGUCUCAAUCGCCUUCUUUCACAGGAAUUUCAACAUCAUUCACAUUAAAAGGUCCAAUGCAGACAUUUUUAUCUCAAUAUCAAAUCCUAUCUGGGUAACAAUUAAGUACCUUACUGUGAUUGUUUUCAAUUAAAAUGGUCAAAAAGAAACAAAAUAGCUUCUGAAGCAAAGAGUUAUUUCUCAAGCCAGAAUAUUGCUACAAGUGUCUGGGAGUGGUCUGAAUGGGAGGGGAAAGCUGAACAUGUGUUGUUAUUGGCAGAGAGGUCUGGAACUCUUUUUCUUAUUGGUCUAUUAACUCAUUUAUCGCAUGGUGAUGUCAAAAUGGAAGGCGAAAACUCCAUCCCACCAAAACAUGCUUAAAUUUCAGGUGGUCUUUUCAAACAGCUCUUACACAGCUUUUGGGCUCCCGAGAGGCACAUCAGUCUAAGGCAGCGGUCCCCAACCUUUUUUGCACCACAGACCGGUCUCAUAUAGACAA